GGGAUUUAUAAGUGGUUAUUUGUAAGAUUACGAGUUUUGUCGAGUAACCAAAUAGUAAUGUUAAAUUUGAGUUAAGUAUUAGGUCUAUUGUCAGUAUAGGAUCCACAACCCUCACCGUAGUAGGAAGACUUUGAUUUGAUCAAACCUUCGAAUUGCAGUUCAAGCAACUAUUUAACAAAUGGCGAAUUAAAGCAAAAGUCGAAUAAAAAUUCAUUCCUAGGUGUAACAAAAUUCUAAUAAGACCCAUGUAGAAUAAAUAACACAAUGAUGGCAAUUUCCCUGAUUGUUCAGAGUAUUUCAUUAAAUUUACAGAUACCAAGUCAUUAAGUAAUUUAAAAGGACAAUGUAGACAGGUGUACUUUUAUCUUAAAAGGCUAUCUAUUAUUAAAUAUAAACAAUUCAACUGUCCCUGUUACCUGCCCGAUUCCAAAUAUGUAUAUAAAAUAUAAUAAAAUCACUAUUUACAUGCUCAUUAGGUUGACUAUAUAAUUAUAAAAAAAACCUCAAUUAAGAAUAUUACAAGAAAAAGGUAACCUCUGUCAUAGUCCAAGUUAGAAAUCACUUACUAUACAAGUUUUAUUUGAAUCCAUAUAUACAGUCGCUUCAACAUUAUUAAUUAACAAAGGAACAACAAAUUUCGCAUAUAAUAUAAGCAGCAUGUUGAUCAAAAUAACACAUCAAAAAAAUCACGGAAAGGAGUGUGCAGAAGCCCAAGCACGAGUUUUGACAGCUUCGCAAUCGUAUCGCACCGUCAAAAUUUCUAUGGAAACUAAGGAGCCUAUCGGACGUAAUAACAAACUACUUUACCCAUACAAAAUAUGAAUUCCGGAACUGACAAAAAUUCGUGUUUGGGCCUCGAACACGAAUGUAUUUACUAGUUUUUAAAACACUUAUUUUAUGACAUCAAUUUAAAAGAUUCCAUGUAAGCAACACUUACUCUGAGAAGAAGGAACCCAUUCCAACUUGAUUGUAUUUGCAUUCAAAGUGGACUUUCCAAUUAGCGAGUUGUAUUCAAAAUUCUUUGUGGAUGAAAGGUAAACUGAGAAUUGCAUUUGACUCAUAAUUUGCCUCACAAAGGAUGUUUUAAAUAACGUUUGAUUUACAAUGUAGCAUAUUGAAAUGAGUGACAUUCAUUCUAUAAAGUAGAUUUCGAAAUAUUAUUUUGAAGAUUAAUGAUCUUACCUACUUACUUAACUUUUAUCUUAGUAACAUUGUAUACUCACUUACCUACCUACAUUCAAUCGUUUUUUUAGAUGGAUAGGUAUGUACCUAUCUAUGUUAAAAAAAAUACAAUUGAAUGUAGGUAAGUAAGUAUACAAUGCUACUAACUGUACUUCUGUAUGUAAUAUAUUAUGUAAUAUAAAAUUAAUGUAUUAAUGAUAAUUAUUACAAACGAUGCUAAGAAAUCUAUUCAACAAAAAAAAAAAAUCUUUAUCAGCACAUACGAAAAAGUUGAAUAUAAUAAUAAUCCUUUUUUACCAUUAAAUUUUUUACUCCUUUUUCAUAUUGCUUGUAGACAUAUCGGAAGAUCAAACCAAUAACGAGCAGCUCAUCGGCACUGAAACAGCUCAUGCAGUAAAUCACGGUGCACGGGAAAAUUUCAUCGUUAGCUACAAUGAUAACUUAACUUUUCUAUAGUUAGCCCGUGUUUGGUUUACAGAUUCUUGUUUAAAAUAAAUAACUAACAAUAGAAAGAUAUACUCUAAAAACGAUAUUCCCAGUUAAAUUUACAGAAUCAAAGCAAAAAAAUAUGCAUUACCUACAUAAUGUAAUGGUAUGUUAAUUUAUGAAAAUACAUACCAACCCAUAACCAAAUAUCGUCUUUUUUCCGUGGUCAAAAAAAAGUCAGGUGAUAUUUUUUUUAAAAAUCGUGCGUGAUCGUGCGCUAGCUCUGUUGGCUUUUGUAUGACUGAGGAGCUUUAGGGAGAUCAUUUAUUGCAUGGGUGCCUGAACACGCCUUAGUGAAAUAUUAAAUGAAAUGAAAAGAACCCUAUUCAAAUUUACUCAUUCUUUGCGUCCUGGCCAUGGGGGUAUGGGGCUCACGGUGGUGCGGUGCCCAAUUAGCAUCGCAAAGAAAGUGGUGGUUGGCGGCGUGCUCUGGGUGGGCUGGUGCGCCGCACAGGUGCGACUGCUGAGCCCCCUUCCUAUGCGCUGCUUCAGAUGCAUGGCCAGGGGGCACACCUGCCGACAGUUCCUAUCUGAGCACGACAGAAGCCAGGCAUGCUUCCGAUGUGGGCAGCAGGGACACAAGGCGGCGGAAUGCGCUGCCGAGCCCUGCUGCGCCAUAUGCAAGGAGAGUGGUUUACCAGCCGACCACGUAAUGGGCAAGGGGAGGUGUGACCCGUCGGUCACCAAGGGCAAACCCCCCGAGAGAGUGGCCUCUGUGUCGGCGCCUGCACGGGCACCCUCAGAGGGGGGAUGUCCGAGUAGCCUAGGGCGCUCGGACCCCCCUACGAAUGCUGUCGCCCGCCUUUCCCCCCUCUUCUCCUAGGAGAAGAGGCGAGGAGACGUGGGCAACCGGGAGGGAGGAGAGGGCCGGAAGAAUUACGCUUCCCCUCCCGUACCCCCUCCCAGGAACGGCGCUCCCCCCCACUCGUAGUUCUGUCCUACAAAGGGGGGGCGGUGGAGAGCUCUUGGACGGAUACGCCCAGGAGUCCUCUCCGCAGAGGAUGGGGGCGGUACGGUGGGCAUUAGGCCGCAUACCCAGCCCCCACGCGCGGGCUAACCUGCGCACGUCUGCGCGGUCUCCGUAAUAUCGCCGCGGCUUCGCACUAAGCAGUGUAGAAGGUUUCGCAGGACUUUUUUAGCGGAUAUUAUGCUGUAAAGCGCCCGUAAGAGUUGCGGGGUCCUCGGUGGGUAGCCACUGGGGGGUCCGUAAGACUUGCGGGAGCCAGGUGUGAGGUCCGUUCGGCGGUGUGCCUCUUAAAGGCGCCGUCGUCUGUAAAAAGAUUUUUUACCUGCGUUAUAAAAAAAAAGGGUUCGAAUCCUUGCUGAUCCCUGGACCGAGUGGAUUAUUUCUAGUAAAAGUUUUCUUAAUGUUAGACUUGAUAUUAUCCUUAACUUAACCGAGUAUUAUUUAUAUAAUGUACUUUUCUUAUAUUUGUUUCUUAGGUUUUCACGCACAUCACUCAUUAAAUAAAACUAGUUUUUACGGGUUAAUGCACGAAACUUUAUUUAUUUAUUGACGUUUCGUAGCCUUUACAGGCUACGUCGUCGGAAUCAAAUUUUUAUUUAAUUUUGUCGAGCUACCUUCGAAAGACUUUAAUUGAGCGUUCGGUUAUUUCAUUGUUCGAUUUUUAAAGUUUUAUUGUCUAUGUAUGAAUUUAUUACUUAAUUUAGUUUAAAGUAUUUUAUUUAAAAUUUUAUUUUGUAAUUUUGCGUUUAUUUAUUUGACCCUAACUACCGUAAACUACCACCGGUUCCAAAAUUGGGAGACCUUUCUGAGAAGAACCGGCGAAACAAACUCAAGGCAGGCUUUACUUUUGUACUUUUUUUCAUUGGUUUGGAUGUUUUUGUACCUAACUUCACUAUUACCUUCCCCGAACAGACUGCUUAUUUCCAAUUCCUCUAGCAAUUAUUUCAUAAAAAGUUGAACUUAUUUUGUGAUGUUUUAAAUUAAAUAGCGAGUUUUUUUUCCAAAUAGGUAGAUAUCAUUAGCAAAACUUUGAUUUAAGCCCAUUAUCUUAGAAUUCAUUAAAGUUCCUUUCACCUCAAAACCUUUCCGUAAUCCGAUUAUAGCCCAUACCCGGAGACGGGGAUAAACAACUUUUUGUAUGUGACAAUUUCUUAUUAUUUUAAAACGAAGUUGCAUCAGUUAGAAUGGUUAAAGCAGCUUAUUUGUGCUUGCGGCUCGCAGACAGAAGUAUUUCGGAGGGACGGCAGGCGGGGGUGACGGACGCGGCCGCCAGUCAUUGCUCCCACCGCGUCCCGGCGGCCGCGCUAUGCCACAGCCCGCGCUCGAGAAUGCGCCCGACCCUCUGCUCCCGCCGCUCGCUGUCGCAAUAUGGAUUGCAUGUGUCGCCGGCACCGGCAUCCUAACUAACUUUUCGGUCAUAGCAGCACUACUCAAAUCUUCCAAAAAUGGUUUGUCUUCAAUUGUCAUCCAAUUAGCUGUCGCAGACAUACUGAUUCUGGUGAUAUUAUCGGGUCCAGAAUUAUGGUUUUACAAUACUCGAACAUGGAACUUAGGGAGAAAAUGCUGCACUGCGUUCCGAGGAUUAAGUGUGUUUGCCUCUACAGCGUCAUCUUAUUUGAUAGCCACGGUAGCGCUACACACAAUUGCAACUGUUAACCUCGAAGAAAAAACGAUGAACAGUAAAAUCAAAAGGAGUACGGAAGACGAAGAGGAAGAAUUAAGAUCAUCACAUCACAGUCUUGUGGCCAGUAGCGAUUCUUCAACUCCGCCUCGCACCAUGAACCUGGACUACCUCCUAGUUGAUACUACAGUAAGAGUAACACCACCUGCCGUAUUCAUAUGGAUACUGUCGGCGUCCUUGAGCAUACCAGAAUUUGUUUUGGCCACUACUAUUAACAUAAAUGAAGAAGUCACACUAUGCACUUCUAUAGAUUCACACCACAAACUCAAUACAAGCUCAUGGUUGGCUACUUUUAACCUUAUAUUACCAGGAACUAUUAUGUGUAUAACUAUAGUGCUAGUCAUUUUGAAACUUAAAUCAAAUAGAAAAAUGUCCUCAAAUGAGAAAACCGACUCCGUGACUGCAUUAAAGCUGUCUCUGUGUUUUAUUAUUGUAUAUUGCGUAUUCUGUAUGCCACGUUCAGUUGCUACAGUUUAUCGUUUGUAUUCUAGAUCAUUUGGUGAAAAUCAAAUGUCAUCUUUUGAAAUGGAGCAACUAAGUGAUACUGUAACGUUUGCCAGUUUAUUAUUUACUGGUGCAUAUAUGAUUGCAGCUGCUAUUCGUCCUAUUUUAUCCAUGCUAUUGUUACCAAAAUUGAGAAAAGUUCUAACUAGACGCAUUAAAACUACAACAGGAAUAUGACGAAAAAGAGAUUUCUAUUUCUGUAACGUAGAUUUGUGAUGUGAACUCGGUCUCUCAUAGACAAAUUAUCUAGUAUAAGUACUUAAAAUAAUUAAUUUGUAUACAGAUACGUAUUAUCUCCAAUAAAAAUUUAAGCUUACGUUAGUUUUGUCAAUUGUGUGUUAUUUAAUAAAUUACAAAUCUAUAGAUAACGGGUCAGUGCUUAAAAUCAGUCUAGGAGAGGUAAAUAUUGCGUCACUUGAGGCGUGAGGUCUUAUUUUUAUUAAAUUAGUUAUUAAUACAAAACGAAGUAACUCGCUGGUAUUUUUUUUUGCGUCAUAAGGUUGAUUUGCUUUUUCCUUUUUUCACCUUUAUCACUUUUUUCUAAGUAUCAGAUAUAAUUAUUAAAAAGAACAAGAGUUCGUUUUAUAAGAUAAAAGGCCGUAUGUGCGAAAUAACAUUUUGUUAUUUGUAACCUUAUUCCGUUGUGAGAUAGUUGUUAUUAGGGUCCAACUUAAACUGUUUUAAAACAUAUUUGUUUCUUAGGUUUUUUAGGGUAUUGUUUUAAACAUUUAUCUUUGUUCAUUGGGAAUCGAAUGUAGCUGCAUAAGUUUACACACACGCGGACAGUUUUUAGCAUUGACUUUGUUUGCAACCAGUUAUCUAUAGAAUUGUUUAUCAAAGCUACUGAUUUUAUGAAUACUUAUUUUUAUUAUACAUUUUUUUAUAAAUAACGAAAUUACAGCAGACCCGAGGUAAUUUCCGAGUUAUAUAAAAGCCUAAAAAUCUACCAAGAUCUGUAAUAAUUCAAACAGAUAAAGGCCAAUUCUUAAGAAGAAACUUUAGACAUCUGCACAAGACACAAGCAGAAAUAACCAGCAACAGAAUAGUAGUAAAUAAAUACACAGAUGACCCAGCUGUACAACAGAUUCCAGCACAAGCUCAAUCACUGCCUGUUCCUGAGACACCCCCAGUAUCAACAUAUCCAUCACCAAGCAAUUCCAAUAAUAUGCUAAAGUCAAACUUGGCUCAAGCAGCCACUGCACCACGAGAUUUGGUAGAAUAAUUAAACACAUAAAUUAACUUGAUCUUUAAUAUUAUUUAAAUUUAUAAUGAUAAUAAUUAAUAAGUACUGUAGUGCUCAGUCAUGUAUCUUAAUUUAUAAUUAUGUAAUUACUAUUACCUAAUAAUAACUUGUUUUAUAAAUUAUAAUAUAAAUUAUAUUAAAAUAAUAUAAAUUAUAAAUUGUCUGUCAUAUUGUAAAACCCUUAAUUUGUAAUAGAAUUGUUUUGGUUUAUUUAUAAAGAAAGGGAGAUGUAAAGUAGAUACAUCACUAAUGUCAUGUCACAUCACUUUUGACAUAUCAAUGUAUAGCGCCAAUUUGUAAGCCAAAUAAAAACAG